UAACUUUCAUCUCUCUUCCCAGAAAUACAUAGUAAUAUGGAAAACCUAAAUGAGGUGCAAGAAGAACCAGUUAGCCCUAUGGGACAAUACUUCAACAGUUCUGCGCUGUGCAUAUAUAUUAUUGGAGUGUUGGAAUUUGAAGUUCCCAUUGAUGACCUGCAAACCUUCACUCUCAUUAAAGAUGUUUUCCUUCCCAUCAAUCCACGCUUCUCUUCCAUCAUGGUUCAAGAUAAAGAUGGAGCGAAACGAUGGAAGCAAGUUGAAGUCAAUUUGAAAGAUCACGUGCAGUUUCCCAAAUUCCCCAAAGGGAAAACAGUGGAAUCUUACGACAAGUUUUUUCAUGAUUAUUUAUCAAGCAUGGCAAUGGAGCAAUUACCACAAAGCAGACCUUUGUGGGAAAUUCAUGUGAUCAGCUACCCUUCUAAAGAUGCUUCUGGCAGUAUAAUAUUUAAGCUUCACCAUGCACUUGGAGAUGGUUAUUCUCUCGUUGGUGCUCUUCUUUCUUGUCUGCAACGAUCAGAUGACCCUUCUCUUCCCUUGUCGUUUCCUAGUCUGAGACCUUCAAAGCCACAAGCAUCAACUAAAAGCUUCUGGAGAAGGUUUUCUUGGAUGUUCUCCUCUGCCAUAAACACUGCCUCAGAUUUUGGAUGGAGUGUACUCAAGAGUAGCAUCAUGAGUGAUGAUAAAACACCAAUAAGAUCUGGAGAUGAAGGAACCGAAUUUCGCCCAAUUUCCAUAUCAAGUAUGGACUUCUCCAUUGACCAUAUCAAGAACAUCAAGUCCAGGCUCGGAGUGACUAUAAACGAUGUGAUCACUGGAAUGGUGUUCUAUGGGACGAGGUUAUAUAUGGAAGACAUGGACUUGAAGUCAAAAACAGCAGAUUCCACUGCAUUGGUUUUGUUGAAUACGAGAAACAUAGAAGGUUACCAAACAAUAAAUGAUAUGCUCCACAGUAAAGCCAAGGGUCCAUGGGGGAAUAAAAUUUCCUUUUUGCAUGUACCAAUACCGAAAUUAAAUCAAAACAGAAUGUCAAACCCUAUAGAUUUCAUUUGGGACUCCCAUAAUAUAAUCAAGAGAAAGAAACAAUCUUUAGCAGUUGCCCUCACUGGAACUCUUUUGGACAUGGAGAGCAAAUUCAGAGGACAAGAGGCAGUAGCAAAACACCUUCGAGGGACAGUAAUGAAUUCAAGUGCAGUGAUUUCAAGCUUGGUUGGACCAACACAACAAAUGUCUUUAGCUAAUCAUGCUGUUAAGGGCUUGUAUUUCACAUUGGCUGGUGGACCUGAGAGUCUUGCCAUUUCAGUUAUGAGCUAUGUGGGAGUGCUUAGAAUCACCCUAAAGACAGAAAAGGACUUCAUAGAUGAAGAGAAAUUGAAGGCAUGCAUACAAAGUGCCUUUCAGAUGAUACUCAAAGCAACUACAGCAAAUUCCUGACAGAGCAAUACUUUAGUGUGCUUGCCACUCAACACAGAAGUCAAAAUUCUUACAUUUAUUUUGAGGAUUGGAAUUGCUUGUUUUAAUUUCUUUUGUACAAGUAUCAUGUCAUUAUUUCUUAGGUUUGAUGAACACCUUAAUUCAUUAAUUAAUAUGAUGUGUGUAUGCUCUGA